CUUUCCUCUUCCUCCAGCUUUCGGUCUCUUUCGCGGAUCUGAUUGCAAUGGCGGAGCAACAGCAGUUCUAUCUCUUGCUGGGCAACCUUAUGAGCCCUGACAACAACACCAGGAAGCAGUCUGAGGAAACCUAUGAGAGCAUCCCUGGCCCGUCCAAGAUCACGUUCCUGCUUCAAGCAGUGAGGGAUGCAACUGCUGCUGAGGAGGCCAGGCAGAUGGCCGCAGUCCUGCUACGGCGACUGCUGUCUUCUGCCUUUGACGAGGUUUAUCCCACGCUUCCGGAGGACAUGCAAAACGCCGUCAAGACUGAACUCUUAAUGGGCAUCCAGAUGGAGGCAUCGCCAGGAAUUAGGAAGAAGGUCUGUGACAUCGCUGCUGAACUGGCACGGAACCUGCUUGAUGAUGAUGGAAACAACCAGUGGCCAGAAGUUUUGAAAUUCCUGUUUGAUUCAGUCAGCUCUCAGGACGUGGGAUUACGGGAGUCUGCCUUGCAUAUUUUCUGGAAUUUCCCUGGAAUCUUUGGAAAUCAGCAGCAGCAUUACCUGGAGGUUAUUAAACGUAUGCUGGUUCAGUGCAUGCAGGAUCAAGAACACCCACCGAUCCGGACUCUGGCUGCAAGGGCAGCAGCUUCCUUUGUUCUAGCCAAUGAAAGCAACACACCCCUCUUAAAGUACUUUGCUGACUUGCUACCCGGUGUCCUGCAGGCUGUAAAUGAGUCCUGUUACCAAAACGAUGACUCUGUGCUGAAGUCGUUGGUGGAGAUUGCUGACACUGCCCCCAAGUAUCUGCGGCCCAACUUGGAGGCCACUUUACAGCUCAGUCUCAAGCUGUGCGCAGACACCAGUUUGAGUAACAUGCAGCGCCAGCUGGCCCUGGAAGUCAUUGUCACUCUCUCUGAGACUGGCUCUGCCAUGCUGAGAAAGCACACGAACCUUGUGGAACAGAGUAUUCCCCAGAUGUUGGCAAUGAUGGUGGAUUUGGAGGAAGAUGAAGAGUGGGCCAUGGCUGAUGAACUUGAAGAUGAUGAUUUUGACAGCAAUGCAGUGGCUGGGGAGAGUGCACUGGACAGAGUAGCUUGUGGACUGGGGGGGAAGAUUGUACUUCCUAUGAUCAAAGCACACAUCAUGCAGAUGCUGCAGAAUCCUGAUUGGAAGUACAGGCAUGCUGGACUAAUGGCGCUCUCGGCCAUCGGUGAAGGCUGCCACCAGCAGAUGGAGGCCAUCCUCGUGGAAAUAGUCAACUUCGUAUUGCUGUUCUGCCAAGAUCCUCAUCCAAGAGUGAGAUAUGCAGCUUGCAAUGCAGUUGGACAAAUGGCCACAGACUUUGCCCCAACCUUCCAAAAGAAAUUCCACGAUAGGGUGAUCGCUUCCCUGUUGCAGACCAUGGAAGACCAGGCCAAUCCUCGGGUUCAGGCACACGCAGCAGCUGCUCUUAUAAACUUCACUGAAGAUUGUCCCAAAUCUCUGCUCAUUCCAUACCUGGACAGCCUCGUUAAAAACCUGCAUGUCAUCAUGGUGGCGAAACUGCAGGAGCUGAUCCAGAAGGGUACCAAGCUGGUGCUGGAGCAGGUGGUGACCUCCAUCGCCUCAGUGGCAGACACCGCGGAGGAGAAGUUUGUCCCCUAUUAUGACCUCUUCAUGCCGUCCCUGAAGCACAUUGUAGAGAACGCUGUGCAGAAGGAGCUCCGGCUUCUCCGUGGAAAAACCAUCGAGUGCAUCAGCCUCAUAGGCCUCGCUGUCGGGAAAGAUAAGUUCAUGCCAGAUGCCUCCGAGGUGAUGCAGCUCCUGUUGAAGACACAGACUGAUUUCAAUGACCUGGAGGAUGAUGACCCACAGAUAUCUUACAUGAUUUCAGCCUGGGCCAGAAUGUGCAAGAUCCUUGGCAAAGAAUUCCAGCAGUACCUCCCUGUUGUGAUGGGGCCGCUCAUGAAAACCGCUUCCAUUAAACCAGAGGUGGCCCUUUUAGACACCCAAGACAUGGAGAACAUGAGUGAGGAUGAUGGAUGGGAGUUUGUGAACUUGGGAGACCAGCAAAGCUUUGGAAUCAAGACCGCAGGGCUGGAGGAGAAAGCAACUGCAUGCCAAAUGCUGGUAUGUUAUGCCAAAGAACUGAAGGAAGGAUUUGUGGAAUACACUGAGCAAGUUGUGAAGCUGAUGGUCCCUUUGCUAAAGUUUUAUUUCCAUGAUGGUGUCCGUGUGGCAGCAGCAGAGUCCAUGCCCCUGCUGCUGGAAUGUGCGAGAGCGCGUGGCCCCGAGUACCUGACUCAGAUGUGGCAUUUCAUGUGCGACGCCCUCAUCAAGGCAAUUGGAACCGAACCGGAUUCGGACGUCCUGUCUGAAAUCAUGCACUCUUUUGCAAAGUGCAUUGAGUUAAUGGGAGAUGGCUGCAUUAACAAUGAACACUUCGAAGAGCUUGGUGGAAUCCUGAAAGGGAAACUGGAGGAGCACUUUAAAAAUCAAGAGUUAAGACAAGCCAAAAGGCAAGAUGAAGAUUAUGAUGAACAAGUUGAAGAAAGUUUACAGGAUGAGGAUGAUAAUGAUGUGUACAUAUUGACAAAAGUCUCAGACAUUCUGCAUUCUGUAUUCAGCAGCUACAAAGAGAAGGUGCUGCCCUGGUUUGAACAGCUGUUACAGUUAAUAGUCAAUCUUAUUUGCCCACACAGGCCUUGGCCAGACAGACAGUGGGGGCUUUGCAUAUUCGAUGAUGUUGUUGAGCACUGCAGCCCAGCAUCCUUUAAAUAUGCGGAGUACUUCAUUCGACCUGUGAUGCAGUCACUAUGUGACAGCAGCCCAGAGGUGAGACAAGCUGCAGCCUAUGGAAUUGGUGUCAUGGCACAGUUUGGAGGAGAAAAUUACAUACCCUUUUGUACAGAGGCCAUUCCACUGCUGGUAGGAGUGAUCCAGGCUGCAGAUUCCAAAGCCAAAGAAAAUGUGAACGCAACAGAGAACUGCAUCUCGGCAGUGGGGAAGGUAAUGAAGUACAGGCCUGAGUGUGUGAACGUCGGCGAGGUCCUUCCUCACUGGCUGUCAUGGCUGCCGUUGAAUGAAGACAAGGAGGAAGCUGUUCACACCUUCAAUUUCUUGUGCGACCUUCUUGAAAACAACAACCCUAUUGUCCUUGGACCCGACAAUUCCAACUUGCCCAAACUUUUCUCAAUAAUCGCUGAUGGUGUUAUCAGUGAAUGUGUUAAGCAUGAAGAUGGAUGUAGCAGACGGUUGGCAAAUGUUGUUCGUCAAGUACAGGUCUCUGGAGGUCUCUGGACAGGAUGCAUAUCAAUGCUGAAUGAAGCACAACAGAAAGCUAUAAAGGACCUGCUGAACACUGCUUGAAAGACCUUAAUAUUUAUUCAACCAGCAAAUUUAGCUCAUGAUAAUCCAUCCUAUCACCUUUUGGAGCUACAAAAAAUAAAAAAAUAAAAAGCUGUAGUUGAGCACUUCUGCAGACCACAGACAGCAUCAUCAGGCAGUUGUGUGGUACAGGUCUGUGUGUGUGUGUGUGUGUGUGUGUGUGUGAAUGGAUUCCUGUCUUGGGGAAUGUCUCAGUAAAACCAUCCUACAGCCCUGACACUUAGAGUAUUUUUCUAUCCGAACGCCACUCAAAAGCGUGGCUACAGGGAGAAUUUUUUUGGGGGGGCGGGGGGUGGGGGAUAAAUGUUAUUGUUAGGCAGAAUGCAUUUCUGGAAUCAAUUCCCCAGGUCAGUUACUCAGAGCUAGGUGUGCAAUAUAACAAAUGUAAACGUUUCUAUUCAUCUAGUGUUAACCAUACUAAUAGGAGUGAGUGACAUUUUAGGGUAGAGUUAAGCUUCCUCUACCAAGUGCAGCAGUUGCUUAGGGUGGGUAAAGGUCUUGAGCAUGCAGGUCCAUCAUGAUGUCACUGUUCUGUUUUUAAAUCAAAGUGAAAGGGUUGAAGUAUGGUGCCACAAUGUAGAAAGCUGGGUGGCGGCUUGCAGAAAAUGCUCAAUGUGGAAAAGCCUUUGGCAUGCCUGGCAGAACCUCAUUCACUCCUCCAGUUAAUAAACAGUGAUCUGGGGGAAAAAACACCAA